CCCAAAAUGGGAAAUGCUUUUAUGGUUCUAGUAUCUUCCUUCUGUUGUAUUUUGUAUAUGAAAAUACCAGUUUUCUGAUGUUUCUUUUCUGUAAAGUAAGUUUGAAGUCUGGAAAUUUUUUCUUCUUCUGUGUGUGGUUUAUAUUUUAUGUCCGUGAUAAAUUUGGAAAGAACAGCGGUUUAAAAUAUUAUUUUAGCUAGAUUUGAAGGAAUGCCUAUUUCUGGUUCUGGUUGCAGCUUUUUUCCAUGGUUGAGAUGAGACUAAUUUAAUUAUAUAUAUUCAUAGUAUUUGAUUUUACUUCCUUUUAUGGCUUAAAAUGAGUAAGAAAAAUCUUCUGUCAGAACAGCAGAAAGAAAAGAUAUGCUGAUUCACUGAUUUACUGAAUCCCUGGCUAGGGUUUUAUAUAUUGGGGACUAGAUUUCAUGUUCUUGUGCUAGAUUUUAAAUUCAGGGGAAUUUUUCUUUGUGACCAGCAAAUAUUUCUCUCUGUCUGUGAUUUUAUCGUUAGCAUUAGGUUUUAAGUAUGUGCAUUCGUAGUAUAUAAUCAUUUUAUCUUCUUUGGUGUAAUAUUCUGCUACUUAAUUGUUUCAGUACAUUUUGCACAUUUGCAGGGAAUAGAUAGAUGAUGGAUUUUUCGGACUCUUCAAAACUUGUUUUCAGUAGAAUACAGGAGGUAGACCCAGAAAAUGUUAGAAAGAUUAUAGGUUAUCUUCUUUUACAAGGUCAUGAGGAACAUGAAAUGGCUUGCUUGGCCCUGGCUCCAGACCAUUUGUUUCACCAAGUGGUGCUGAAAGCCAAGGCUGAACUUCUGCGGUUGGCUAGCAAGUCAGUGUCAUCCCCAAUCUCACCUCCCAUGAACCCAGCCUCAGGUUCUUUCUCCCCAUUUUCGUCUGUUUCUUCUAGGCCUCCUGCAGCCUUUCGGCUCCCAACACCCUGUUGGGAUCCCCAACUUGUUUCUAAGCAGAACAUGGACUUCAUGCCAUUUGGAUUCUCUGAUUCUACUGAGGAACUGCAAAAUCAGGCUCGAGUUUUGAGUUUAGAAGAUCAUAUGGAACCACACAAUUCCGGGAUUUCAGGAUGUCCUGAUGAUUACUUUUUUAGGGAUGCUACACUUGGUGGAAGCUUAAGUCCUAGACCAGGUAGACGAAGUUCAAGUCUAGAGUUUCCAGUUAAGAUAUGUCACUACUUCAGUAAAGGCUUUUGUAAGCAUGGAAGCAGCUGUAGGUAUUACCAUGGACAAGUGAUUCCAGAGAGCUUCUUUCAGAUGUAUGGGCAUGAUGGCAUCAUUGAUGAUCAUAUCUCGCCCAUGUCUCUUGAGAAGUUGGAGUGGGAAAUCGUCGAGCUGCUAAGAUCAAGAAGGGGAACUCCUAUUUCAAUUGCUUCUCUGCCAAUGAUGUAUUAUGAGAAAUAUGGAAAAUCUCUUCAGGCAGAAGGCUACCUCACUGAAAGCCAGAGACAUGGGAAAGCUGGUUACAGUUUGACAAAGCUUCUUGCUCGGCUUGGAAGCAGCAUACGGCUGAUUGACAGGCCUCAUGGGCAGCAUGCAAUAAUUUUGGCUGAAGACUCUUUAAAAUACAUGGACCAUCGGUAUGAGAGAGGUGAUCCCGGUCCAAUUGUUAGUGGCUCUCGGCAAAUAUACUUAACAUUUCCAGCUGACAGCACCUUUAGUGAAGAUGAUGUAUCCAACUACUUCAACACCUUUGGCCCUGUUGAAGAUGUAAGGAUCCCCUGCCAGCCAAAGAGGAUGUUUGGGUUUGUAACCUUUGUUAAUGCAGACACUGUCACAAUGAUUUUGUCCAAAGGAAAUCCUCAUUUUGUUUGUGGGGCUCGUGUUCUUGUGAAACCUUACAGGGAGAAAUCAAAGCUUGCCGAAAGAAAGUACCAAGAGAGAAUGGAGCCAGCUGAUCAUUAUUCUUCGCACUUUUCAGACAUGGAACCCGAUUUUCAUUCACUGUCAAGUUGGUGUAAUAACUCUAGAUGGCUGCGGAAGAAGUUGCUGGAAGAACAAGAAUUUGCACUUGAACUUGAGAGGAGUAGGUUGGCAGAGCUACAUUUUACGCGAAAGCCAGUUGCAUAUCAGCCGCAUUCUGGUUACUUAAUGGAUGGGCGAAUGGUCUCCGAAGAUAAUUUCAACGCCCCACCUGCAGAAUGUUUUGAUUAUCUGUUAGAUGUUAUGAAUAAUGGGACCACCAGUGAUGAUAAACCCAAACAUACAGGCACCAACUACACCGACCAAGAGAGUCAAGGACUUAAUCUCCCAGAUAGCCCAUUUGCAACUUCGAUAGCUAGUGGCAUUUCAGCUGUCAUGUAGGCUCAGUGACGCAAUGUCAGAUUAGAGUUAGGUACCGGUUCACAUCGCAAUGACAUAUUUGGUUCUACACAUAACAGCUCUCCUCGUUUUCUUGGCUUCAUCGGCAUUGUUAAGAGUUUCCUGCAAGUACAUAUCAUCUGCAUGAAGAAACGCUGGUAGACAUUCCUCCCUAUCACUACUGGGUUGAAGGACAUAAGUCAAUACUUAGAAUUACAGGUACAUGUUAAAUGUUGAUCACAGAAGGCAAAGACAGCUUGGUCUUUAUAUUUAGUCUUUUAGUGGAAGAAAGGUGUUAAGAGUAUAAGCAGGUUUUUCAGGGAGCAUAAUAAUGUACUGUUCAUAUUCAUAGCUCUCUCACCACGACUACGAGCAAAAUGUGAACGAACUUCAACCAUAAAUUUAAGU